CGCGACCUGACACAUUUCCUUCAUAAUCCUGCUCGAAUGACUGAAAUAUUUUCUUUAUCCCUUUUCCCAUCAUAUUCAUGCUCGAAUUCUUAUAAUGUUUUCAUCACAAGCUAUAUAUGUUCUUACAUGGUCCAUUUAUUUUGCUCCAAUCUUUCGUAGUCUCUAUGUUGCACAAGCUUUUGUCUUAUGCGUCAAAGCCGUCUAUCUAACAGACGGGAACCGACCAAAGUUUUUGUGUUGCAAGUAACAAGUACAACACAACCAAACUUCCACAGCUUGCAAUUUUUUCACACGCGCACCCAUGAGCACGUGGAUACAUUUUUCUCGAUGAUUUGUCUCUCGAUUUUAACUUUUUCCUUUGAUCAGAUCGAUUCCAAGGACGAAUCAAACCACCUUGUCGGUGAAGAAGCCAUGAGACGAAACAAACGUCCUGACCUCAGCUUACCACUCCCUAACCGCAACGUGGCUCUCGCUGUCCCUCUCCCCCUCCCUCCUCCUCCAUCCUCCUCCUCUGCUCUGGCCUCCUCCUCCGCGAUCUCCACCAACAUCUCCGCCGCCAAACGCUUAUCCGAGCUAGAGCGCGUGAACCGAAUCGGAAGCGGCGCCGGAGGAACGGUCUACAAAGUGAUCCACCUUCCCACCUCGCGCCCCUUCGCUCUCAAGGUGAUCUACGGGAACCACGACGACAACGUGAGGCGCCAGAUCUGCAGAGAGAUCGAGAUCCUGCGGAGCGUUGACCACCCCAACGUCGUGAAAUGCCACGACAUGUUCGAUCACAACGGCGAGGUCCAGGUCUUGCUCGAGUUCAUGGACAAAGGGUCCCUCGAAGGAAGGCACGUGUCGCGAGAAAACGAGCUCGCUGGUCUCACGCGCCAGAUUCUCAGCGGGUUGGCGUAUAUCCACCGCCGCCACAUCGUCCACCGCGACAUCAAACCGUCGAAUCUUCUCAUAAACUCGGCCAAUAACGUCAAGAUUGCUGAUUUUGGAGUGAGUCGGAUCUUGGCGCAGACCAUGGAUCCUUGCAACUCCUCUGUCGGAACCAUCGCUUACAUGAGUCCCGAGAGGAUCAACACCGAUCUGAAUCACGGUCGUUACGACGGUUACGCGGGAGAUAUAUGGAGUCUUGGUGUUAGCGUGUUGGAGUUUUACUUGGGGAGGUUCCCUUUCGCUGUGAGUAGACAAGGUGACUGGGCGAGUUUAAUGUGUGCUAUUUGUAUGACUCAGCCGCCGGAAGCUCCGGCGACGGCGUCUGAGGACUUUCGUCACUUCAUCUCUUGUUGCUUGCAGAGUGACCCUCCUAAGAGGUGGUCUGCGCAGCAGCUUUUGCAGCAUCCUUUUAUAGUUAAAUCAAGUGGUGGUCCGAAUCUUCGUCAAAUGUUGCCGCCGCCGCCUCCGGCGUCUUAGUUUUUUUUUUUGCUUUUCUCUCCGGUGGUUGUGAUUGGUCAGGGGAGAAACUCGGUUUGAGUCUUGUGAAGCUGCUUGAACUCGUUUUGUGUUUGGUUGAUGAUAAAAUAUUUAUAUAGAUAGUUAUGAUUUGUGAAUGAAGAUGAGUUUGGCUUUGUUAUUAUUGUUCAUGUCAGGAAGUAAUCGAGGAUCUUCCAGAUUCAUUAAUAAAAAGCUUCUUAUUUUUA